AGACGUAAAUUAGCGAAGAAUUCGCGACAAAUUCUCAUAAUGCAAGGGCAGCACAUGUCAAGAUAGCUAUACAUAUAAAAUUUCCCAUUUGAUUCUAGCAACUGACGUCAUUGUAACAUAAUUUGUAGAUGACUAUUUCAAAAUAGUGUACGACUAUUUAAAAUUGCUAAAAAUAUAUUUACAUACUUCUAUCACACAGGACUUUAGAUAUGAUCAUCUGGCAAGUCAUUAGGCUGGCAGAUUACUUUAAACAUCAAGCUAAAGAUUCUCUACGAAAAUAUAUCAUUAUUGAAUCUCGUAUUAAAGAUAUUCAGAAUCAAGAGGAGAAGGAACGAAGAUUGCUAGAAAAAUAUUUGGAUGAUGCAACGAAGAAUAUAUCUAACAAAAUGAAAGAAUACAUUAAAACGGAAGACUUUAAAAACAGUUUCUUGAGUUGGGAUACCAUUGGAGUAGAGGAGCUUCGUGGUGUAAAUUGGCAAACAACCAGAGGGAACAUUGAAAACGCCAUUUCUGAGAAAUUUUCACGUUUAUUAAGAGACUGGGAAAUCAACGAACAAGUAUACGAAAAAACUCAUUGGAUGAUCGUCAACAAUUACCUCAAAAAAUUGAGUCUUUUAAAGGAGGAGCUUGAUAAAAUGAGCACUUGUAUUGAUGACAAGGUGGAGGAGAAUGAUGUCACCAAUAAACAAAGUGAUCUGUCCUUUUCAGCUAAAGUUCUUUUAGGGCUUUCGUUUCCCUUCUGGUUACCAUUUGCUGCAGCUGGAGCAUUGAUAAGUGCGUCAAUUCUGGCUCCAAUUGUAGUUACCAAAAGACUUUCUAUCAGCAACAACAUGAAAGACUUACUGAAGUAUGCAAAAUGUCGAUUGAAGGAGUUCCUGAACGAAAAAUUAGCCCAAAAGUUUUGGAAGAAGCAAAACAACUCACACAGAAAACCAGAAAAAAACUGAAUUCUUACUCAAGCCUUAUUCCACGCGUAAUUGAAGCAGACGAGAAAAUGGUGGUCAAGUUACGCAAUGAGACACGAAGUAGUCAGGAAUUGGCAGAAAAAUAUAUUCCAAUUCAAAAAGAAGGUGGAGAGUUGAGAAAAAGGAUGAUCUCUUUAGGCGGGGAACUUUUACCAGCAACAUUAAAUCGCCGUGAUGUAAGAUGGGACAAUACCUACAGAGCUGAAAUCGGUGAGGGAGAUUUCUCUCACGUUUAUCGUGGCAUGAUUAACACGAGCACAGCUGAGCCACAUCUUUCAAAAGUUGCUGUGAAAGUUUUCAAACAUUUAUUCGAUGAUCUGAAUGCAAGAUUUUACAUAGACGAGGAAGCUCUUUUAAGGUGUUUAAAGCAUGAAAAUGUUCUUCCUUUUAUUGGGGCAAUAAAGGAAGAAAUUAUAAAGGACGAUGGUUCAAAACAUUUGAUACAUGCUUUUGUGUUACCGUUGUGCAAGAAAAAUUUCAGGAAAGUGGUGAUGGAUGACAAUGACGUAAUUCCAGCAAAUUCAAAUGAUGUCAAUGCAGCAAUCGAGAAAUUUGUGAGCUGGAUUAAAGGGAUUGCUAAUGGAUUGCAGUAUAUACAUGAAAUGGGUCUUGAACACCGUCAUCUCAAACUUGAAAAUAUUUUGGUUUGUAUUUAAAUGCCGAAAAAUCAUAAAAUAUGUUUCUAAAUAUGUUAGU